UUUCCGAAGGAAAUUGGAAAAUUCUGGUUAUUUCGUCAGUAAAUUCAAGAACUAGAUACUAAAAGUUAUGUAUUUGAUGUCUGUGGUCAGGGGUGACUAUAAGAAUUCUGUCUGACAGCUCGUUUUCAAGUGUCAAAUUGAAUAAGCUUCAAGUGUUCAUCUAUUUCUGUAUAUAAAGGAAUCUGUUAAGAAAACAAGAUGCUGAUAUCACGGUGUUUAAUCACAACCAGAAUACCACUAACAGCAUUUGUUAGUGGAAUUGGUAAACAGACAUUCAAACCAAAUAUAUCCUACCAAAAAUCAAGAAUUCAGCAAUAUGCGUCAGAAGCGAAGUCUGGUUUAAGUCGAAGAGCUGAAAAACGAAGUUUAAAGGAAAUGGCGAUGGCACCAGCAGGAGAGUCAGCCUUUAAAGUAGGUAGGGGAGUAGUUGCAGGGGCAUCUGUUGUCGGUAUAGGUGCUCUAUGUUAUUAUGGACUUGGUAUGUCAAAUGAACUAGGAGCUAUAGACAGAUCUAUUAUGUGGUCAGCAGAAGUAAAGGGUAGGAUAAGAGAUACCUAUAUGUAUUUUGGUGGUAGUGUAGCAAUAACAGUUAUGUCAGCAGUAAGUGUGUUUCGUAAUCCAAGAAUAAUGGCUAUGAUGAUGAAAAAUUCAUGGAUGGCUAUUGGAGCUACCUUUGCAGCUAUGAUUGGAACUGGCAUGUUGUGUAGAUCUAUAGAAUAUACAGAGGGAUUUGGUGCUAAACAGUUAGCAUGGAUUCUUCACAGUGGUGUUAUAGGGGCUGUCAUUGCACCAAUAUCAUUGUUAGGUGGACCAUUAUUAGUUCGAGCAGCUUGGUAUACUGCAGGAGUAGUUGGAGGUUUAUCGGCAGUGGCUAUGUGCGCUCCAAGUGAGAAGUUUUUAAAUAUGGGAGGUCCUCUUGCUAUUGGUCUUGGUGUUGUUUUCGCUUCCUCUAUAGGUGGAAUGUUUUUACCCCCAUCAACAGCUCUUGGUGCUGGUUUGUAUUCUAUCAGUAUAUAUGGUGGUUUAGUUCUCUUUAGCUUUUUUUUAUUAUAUGACACCCAGAAAAUCAUCCAAAAAGCAGAGAACCAUCCAACAUAUGCUGUAAGAAAAUAUGAUCCCAUAAAUGGGUCUAUUGGAAUUUAUAUGGAUACAAUUAAUAUAUUUAUGAGGAUUGCCAUGAUUUUAUCAGGUGGUGGUGGUGGCAGAAGGAAAUAAACCAAGUUACUGUGUAAAUACUUACAUUGUGCGUUGUUGUGUAUAUAACUUGUUGGACAUCACAAUAAAUUAAUGUCCAAGAGAUUCACUGAACUAUUAAUACUUUAUUGUUAUAUUACCUUUUAAAAACUAUUACAAAUAGAUUUAAAAACUGUUACAAAUGGAAUGAAUAAUCUGUUGAAAUCAGAUUUAAAAACUGUUAGAACAGAUAAGGAUAUUUCAAUGUGAGUUUAAAAGUUAAAUUUAUUAGUUUAAUUAUUAUUUGUGAUAUUAUAAUAGAGUGGACUAGAAUGGGGAACAGAAAUAUGUGAAGUGAAUACAUUGUUGUAAACAGUAGACAUUAAGUAAAGAUGAAGUUUGUAUAUAGCCAAUCCUUUGGUUAGUGUGCUUGGGAUCCACAUUCUCUUCCAAAUUAGUGAAGUAAGAAAAUAAUGUAGAACAGUAGGAUUAGUGGCUGUCAUUGUAGUGCAAUAAUCUAUUAUUCGGUAUAUUAUGUGUACAUAAACAGACAGCCUCACAAAGCGUGGAAAUACACCCACACAGCAGCUUUGUGUCAAAAAAAAAAUAUAGACAUGGAUUUUGACACAAUCUUUUCUGGGGUAACUUGGGAACAGAAGGUCAUGGAACGCUAAAUAUCGAUAGGUUCGCCCUCUCAUGACCCCAAUGCUCCAUAACAAAUUUGAAGAUAAUCCGUUAAAAUGAAAUGGGGUUUAACAUUCAACUUUUAUGCAGAAACUGGGAGAACGAAGACAGGCGUAUACUCCAUACAGGGAAAAAUUGCCCCCUACAGCCUACUUUCAUUUGAAAUUCCAACUGUUAAGGGUUGUUUUACGUGCAUGCCAAUGUGUACACAGGGCCAUGGUUUACACCCCAUUUUAAUGACUAGAGACAUCCUUGUCAGGCCCUGCCAAUCCAUCUUGCACCAUUGACAAGGGGAAACCACCCCAGAAAAUCCUAAGGAAGGCAAACUCACAACCUCUUGGAUAGUGAUCCAGUGUCUUACAAACUUAGCCACAACACCUCCAAUCCAUUAAAAUAUGGAACCUCUGUCGUAUUCAUAAGGUAUUUGGCAAAGGGGGCUAACUUUGACACGGAAGUAAUGCUGAAGAUUGAUAAGUUGUACAUCUCAUGACCCCAAUGCUUCAUUCCAAAUUUGAAAAAAGUUUGUAAAAAACUGUAGUCUCUAUGGGUUCACAUGCCGAUGAAAGGACGGACAGGGGUGACAACAUAAUACUUCCACACUGAAAUGUGGGCUUAUAGACACAUCAAUUGGGGUUUUACGGCCAUGAGCAGCAAAGUCAUCCCUCUAGAAAUUCAGACUCCCCUGUUUAUUGUAUGCAGGCCUAUCUAUCAUCCUGCAAUUGAGUUGGAAUAAUUCGGACUCCAUGCAGAUCUGUAUUAAACUGUGAAACACUUUGAAUGGUACCGAAAGUGAAACAAAUUCAGACGCAAGACUGAAAGAAAAUUAGCAUUGUCAGGUGGACCAUUGCACUGUCAGAUAUGGUCAGAAAAUGAUUUUUAGCUAGACGUUGCCACGUGUUGCUCCACCUGUGGUAGGAAACGUUCAACCUAAUUUGGCGGGAAAUUUAGACCCGGUUCAAGAUGCAACAAUUAUUUAAAAUCAUUUGGAAAUCUAUAAGCUCCGGUUUUGGAGGCGUUUCGGAAAGGGAAAGCGAUUAUGUUCUUGGGUUGUAGGUGUUUCGGUAAGGGAAAGCUAUUAUUCUCUGGGGUUAAGGUGUUUCGGAAUGGGAAAGUCAUCAUAUUCUGGUGUUACACGGGAACCCGGAAGGGAAUGCUAUUAUGUUCUAGGAUUGUAGGUGCUUCGGACUGAAAACUAUUAUGUUCAGGGGUUGUAGGCGUUUGAGCAAUGGAAAUCUGUUAGUUCUGGGGAUGUAGGUGGCCCGGAAAUGGAUAUCUGGGGUUGUAGUUGUUACGGCAAGAGAAAGCUAUUAUGUUCUGGGGUUGUAGCUGUUUCGGAAAGGGAAAUUUGUGUGAAAACUUCGAACCUCCACAGGAUAUAAAAUGUUAAUCUACCUAGUAAUAGCCAUAAAAAAGCCAGGGAAAGAGAUGGACGUUUCUGACUACCUGACAAAUUUUGGCGACAAGGAAUUUGAUUUUCUCUUAGAAAAUAAUCACGCUUGCCUUACAGGCCCAUAUUUAUUUCCAUUUUAUUGAAGAUGAGCAUUUAAGACCUUAUAGACCGGAGGCUCAGCGCGGGGGGUGUCCAUCAAAUGGGCACAAAACCAGACCCAACUUUUCUAGAGUAAAAUUUUGCGUAGAAUAUGAUGCCGAGUGGUAAUCAGUCUGCCGUUGGGGUGUUUUCGAGAUAUUCGGGGUCAAAGGUCAAAUGUCAAAUGAGGUCAUUUGCACUGACAGUAAAUGCGCAGCCAUUCUUGUACCACGAAAACAUGCUGAAAAUGAUCGAAAGUAAUCAACCUUUCAAUAAAAAUGUUAACUUGC